CCAUUCCCCCUACUUCGACUCAAUACAACGCUGAACUUUUCAGUACGCAGUGUCUUUGGAGGACGAAUGUGAUAGUAUAUUAAUAUUAAUAUUUUAUUUUAUUAUUAAACCGUCAUGUUGGUAGCCUCGGUACAUUAUCCAUUGUUUGGGCAGCCCCUCAGCAGAUCUAAUGUGAAUCGAAAGGAAUAAUGUUUUUCCUCCUAGCAGCGAAGCAGAAAGUUGCGGCUGCCGCCUUGUCUCUACGGAAUGCUGGACGGAGACGGCGGCUGCUGGAUGCGGCGGCGACGACGGUGGAGCGCUGCGCUCGGCGAAACGCUGCGUAUGUGCAAGGCCAGGCCCCCGAGCCCCACCUACGGGAGUACUUCUACUACAUCGACCACCAGGGACAGCUCUUCCUAGAUGACACUAAAGUGAAGAACUUCAUCACUUGUUUCAAAGAUAAACAGUUCUUGGUCUUCUUCUUCACCCGUCUGCGGCCCAACGAAACCGGCCGCUAUCAGGAUCAGUUUCCCUUCCUGGCUCUGUGUGGGAGGGAGAGGAACUUCCUGCGCUGUGAUGACAGGCCCCUGGUGUUCACCCACAUGUUGCCGGGGGUGGGGCUUGGUGAUGGGGGCGGUGCCUCUGAGAUGCUUUCAUUCUGUGGGGGUGGGGAUAAGCUGACUGCGCCAUUCCGCCCAGAAGCUCUGUUCAUGCAUCCGCGCACGGGGCGGCUCUACCACCCCUGUGCCAAUCGGGCAGGGUCAGUAGGGCUGGUGCGCUCUGCCCUGGCCUUCGAGCUCAGCCCCCACUUUGAAUACCCCCCCGAUCAGCCCCAUGGUGGGCAACCCACCCACUUCCUGUGGGCAGGAGAGCGGCAUUCUCUGACCAAUGAGCUGGCCAGACAUUUUCCUGAGGACGAAGAGGAGCUAACUGGGACUAAUUGAGCUAAUUUAGAUUGCAAUCACCAGGCUAAUUUUUCUUUUGUGGAUUGAGAUCCAGGCAUUUACCGGAUUUGUGGUAAAACUGAUGAAAUAUGCAGUACAGUGUUUGCUAUUGAUUGUUUGUUUUCAUAAAACAGUAAAUGACAUUUAUAUUGUCCUUAAUUCUAAUUUAUGGUCUCAAUAUUUUUAAUAUUUAUUAGAGAUAGGUAUAACGGGCAUUUGUGUGCAUCUAAAAGGACAGUAUAAGAUUCAGUGCUGGGGAGUAUUCAGUGAUUUCUCAGUUAGUUGGAUUAGAAGUUUUUUGAUUGUCCAAUAGGAAUGCUCCUGACCUAAACUCUUAUUGCACAAGCAUGACUUUUAGCUUAAGUCAGCACACUAACUGUGAAAUGCUGCUUCAUGGAACAGCCCCUUGGUAUGGUAAAACUUUGUUCUGGUGUCAGAGUGCCCUCUAGUGGGCAGUCAGAAUUAAACGAAUACUUGAUAUCCAAUCCUUGAACUAGUGUAAUAGGUUUUUUUCCCCCGGGGUGCAAGGUGAGACAGCCCAACCAGUCAUUCAUGCAGAUAAGUGAAUUUGUAAAAUAAAUUUAAGAUAAAUUAUCAUUGCACGUUGAUAUAACUAAACAAGCCACAUUUUCAAAUAUAACAGUACAAUAUCAUUUAUUUAAUUUUAUUGAACUUGAUAUGUUCAAAUGGCAUUUUCAUCUGACCAAUAGGGGGUGCAAUUGCAGUAAAAUCGCCAUGAGUGUAAGAAAAAUGUAUUCAUUGUCAAUAAACUGUAUACACAGUCA